UUGUAAUCAGAAAUACCUGAAGUGACUUUUAGUUUUUCGACCAAACAAUCGGUAGUUUACUAUGAAUUUAUUUGCCAUAGAAUCCACUUGAGGUUCUAGAUUGUCCACUUAGCAAAAAUUUUGGAUGGCAAGCAUUUAUUUGCCUCCGAUCGCUCGUAAAAAGAAGGUAGACGGCUACCCACGGUGAGUUUGACUUCGAACGCUUCCCUUCUAAAUAUUUAAUAUAUUUAGGGUAAAAUCUUCUCGGAUUCCUAAGGUAAAUAGAACUGUUUGUGGUCUGGUAAUUGACCAUUCAUCUUCAAUUAGGAAAGUGUUACUUUUAGAUCUCAAGUUGUCGUUGAAAGGGAAGGGAAAGCAUACAGGUCUAUUCUGGCGCCACCGCGCGCCUUUCGAUUCUCCUAGUGCUGUAUCCUAACAAAUUGAGGUUUUUCAUUUAACCUGCAAGGGCCUGUGCAAUGAAAUCGUAAACAUGGCAAUUUCAACAGUCGUAGUCACAUAAAACGCCUUUAGUUCUUAAAAAUAUCCUCUAUGAUGUGAAACCCAGGCUUUAUUCCAGUUGUAAUUCUCUACCUAAUUUCGCACAGGUCAUGCUAAUUAAUUAAUCCUAUUCACUUUUUUGUCUUAAUUAUUUCGAAAUACCGGCUGGACUUUCUAUUUUGCUGAUGGAAUAGAAUGUGGAAAUAUUUUAAGUUGUUACAUACUUGUCGCAGUGUUAAGGGGUGCGAGUCCACUUCGCUGUUGCUUUUCAUUUCGAUCGAGUAGAAUUUUGGAUAAAUUUCCUGUUGUGUAAGAAAGAGGUUGCUAAUGACGGCAAAAAUUGUUCCAAAAUUCUUGGGUGAGUUUGUGCUUCUUGGCCUGAAAAAUUCCAGGCCGUUUUCUUUGUACUUAUAUCUUAAUCUGACACUUGUCUGGAGGUAAUUAUAAUAAAAAUAAAAAUAAUGAAAUAAAUAAUAAAGUAACAAUCGUUAACAGCAGAAUUUACAAUAAUUAUUAUAGUUAUGAUGCUAAGAUCUACGUCAAACAGAAAGAUCAAUGGAGAUACCAUUUGGUACAAAAUUUUUCAUAAAAAGAAGUAAGUUAAAAGCUGUGGAAUAGCUAUAUACUAUUAAUUUUGAUAAUAAGAUAAUUAUCUAAAAACUAUAUUUUCCACAUAUCAUCUUUGGCACUGGUAAUCCUUUACAUCCUAACAUUAGAAUUAUUAUUCUCCACACUGUUUUUAUUUAUGUUACUGACAUGGAGAAUUUGUUUGACAAAUGAGAACUUCCAAAAUUGAUGAUUAUUUUCAUUAUUCUCAUGACCUUUACAUCUGAUUCAUUAGUGAUACUGUGAGGAGAAAUGAGAAGCAGUAACUCUUAGGGGUAUAAGGGUCAUCGGUGUGUUAUGCUUAUAUUUGGGUACGAUCUUUGUUUACAAUUUAAUGAUUUUAUUCUAUUUGCAGUCAUGACACCUCCAGGGUUUUUGCUGAUCUGCAAGUUAACUAUUCACCUGGUCAAACAAGCUAUGAUGCACAUUAUAUUGGACAUGCAAUUUUAUCCCCUCAACAGAGUACAAAGUCUGGUCCAAACAAUAAACCUCACCCCACUAAUGUGACUUUUUUGCGCCAAAAUCCACGAUUUAUUUGUGAGCCAAUCUGUUAUGUGAAGACCAGUGUAGAUUCCCCUGUGAAAUACCCAUCAUGGUGGCCAGAAGAAUUGCCAGAAAAAUCCACCAGGAUCCCUCAAAAAGGCUUUGAUUCAACUGCGCGCUCAGAUUAUCGUCCUCCACCAUUCUCCCCUGGAAAGAUAACAAGGUACAGCAGUAACCUUGCCCUGCAAGUGGUACCUGCAGGGGCCUCUGAGAUCCUACCUCAAGCUGCAUAUAAAACAGGACAUACAACACCAAAGGUUGUAGAGAAAAUCUCUUAUGAACAUCAGUUUAACUCAAGAUUGGAUCCCAGUCACCCAAUAAGAGGGCGUCGACAUGGUAGCUUUAUAUGGAAGGUUGUGUCUGAUUUUGGCAGAAAAAAUAGGAAAGGUAGCAAGCCUGUGGAGUAUGCAUACAUGAAAGAUGAAUCGGCAGAUACAGAGACUGCUCAACCUGCCACAGGAAAUGCUGAGAAUGGGGAGAAAACUGUAGAGGUUAAUGAUCCAGAAGGGACCCUUCCUUCAUCUGAUGAAAAUUGAGUCUUGGCUCAAAAUUACAAAGUUUAAGUUGUGUGAAGUGACUGAAAUUAGAAGCAAAUAUCUGACUACAUUAAAAUGGUAUGGUUGUGGUGCCUGUAAAGUAUAAAACCUAGUGAAACUCUAAUUCUUAACUAAAAAUUAUUUUAUCCCACCCACAACCCUAAAUGUUUUAGGAAUCAUUUUUUUUCUCUUUUCAAUUUUGUACUAGUUUUUAUUAAAACUCAUACUUGUUCAUGCUGUAUUUACCAACAAUAUUUGAUAAACAGUAUAUUGUCAGUAAUAAAAAGUUGUGAAUUAGGUAUGGAAAAGAGUUAAACCAAAUUUUACCAACAGCCCCUAAUUAUGAACAACAAACAAAGCUCAUUAUUAAAA